GCGCAUCCUAGACACUCGGUUCACGUUGAUUCUUCACUGGGUCUGGGUGAGGGGCCGCGUGGGUCACCAUGGCCAAGACGGCAGCCUCUUCAGCGCUGGAAGACUUGGAUCUGAGCGGAGAGGAGGUGCAACGGCUUACCUCCGCUUUUCAGGACCCAGAGUUCCGCCGAAUGUUCUCCGACUACGCCGCGGAGAUCACGGACCCUGAGAACCGGAGGCGCUACGAGGAGGAGAUCACAGCACUGGAGAGGGAGCGUGGGGUGGAGGUGCGGUUCGUGCACCCUGAGCCGGGCCACGUGCUGCGUACCAGCUUAGACGGGGAGCAUCGCUGCUUCGUCAACGUGUGCAGCAACUCACUGGUAGGCGCGCCCAGCAGCCGGCCAGGCCCCGGGCGUGGCGGCACGGCGGCCGGCAGCCACUGGUCCCUGCCCUAUAGCCUGGCCCCGGGCCGCCAGUAUGCGGGCCGCAACGGUAAUCGCUACACCGUCUACGACGUGGUCUUCCACCCGGAAGCGCUUGCGCUGGCCAGGAGCCACGAGCGCUUCCGCGAAAUGCUGGACGCCACGGCCCUGGAGGCGGUGGAGCAGCAGUUCGGCGUCAGGCUGGACCGCAGGAACGCCAAGACCCUGAAGAUCAAGUACAAGGGGACGCCGGAGGCCGCAGUGCUCCGCACGCCCCUUCCCGAGGGCGUCCGGGCUCAGCCCGAGGGGGAGCUGCCAGGGCUUCUCCCGUACCCACCAUACCCGUACCAUUACCCCGCGGCUGCGGAGAGCACCGCCCGCUCGCCCGCGUCCCCGGCUCCCAAGGCUGUGCAGCGCCCGGAGCCCACCGAACCGCGCUGCUCCGUGGUGCAGCGCCACCACGUGGACCUCCAGGAUUACCGUUGCUCGCGCGACGCGGCCCCAAGCACCGUGCCGCACGAGUUGGUGGUCACCAUCGAGCUGCCGCUGCUGCGCUCGGCCGAGCGGGCGGAGCUGGAGGUGAAGGGGAAGCUGCUGUGCCUAGAUUCCAGAAACCCCGACUACCGACUGCGGCUCUCGCUGCCGUACCCGGUGGACGACGGCCGCGGCAGGGCACAGUACAAUAAGGCGCGGCGGCAGCUGGUAGUCACGCUGCCGGUGGCGCUGGCGGUCGCGCGCCAGGACUUCUCGACGACACCGGAAGGGCCUACGGCCGAGACCGGAACUGACAAUAUAGCCUGCACUUCCGCGGGCGAUCUUGCCGGGGCUCGGGAAGAGUCUGCAGAUAGUUCUGGAGCUGACCACGGGAGAAAGAGCUGUGUGGUAGCCCCAGAUGCCGGGACUGCAAAAGCUGAAGGGGAGCUCGUUCCCGAGCCGGAGCAGGACUUCGGAGGGGACUCAGUGACACCACUAGGCCCCGGGGAAGGGACAACUCCUGAGAACCGAAGCCUCCUUUAUUCUGCUUUCCAGAGCGGCGACGCUGAAUCCCUUGCGGAAAGAUCGGGAGUGUACGGAGACCUCAGUGUCCAGACUAGUGAGGAACAGGAGGGGACCUGCCACGACACCUCGGGCUCAGACAUGGGUGGCCCGGGAACGGAGAGCAUCAAACCCUUGUGCCCUCCUUUACAGUGUAAUCAGGAUGAAGACUCCUUGACUUUGCUCAUCCAAGUGCCUGGGAUUCAGCCGCAAAGUCUUCACGGGGAUCUGAGUCCCUUCAGUUACGAACUGUGCUUCUCCACACAAGACUCAGGUUACUCCUUCACUUUGCAGUUUGCUCCGGAAAAUAAGUUGAGUACCAAAGAACCUGCGAUUAGCAUUUCUUUAAACAAUGCUGUCAUAGUACUGGCAAAAUCUCCAGAGAGCCACGGACUUUGGCGAGAGUGGUAUUGGGGCUUGAACAAGGAUUCUUUGGAGGAAAGAUUGUUUAUUGAUGAAGAAAAUGUUAAUGAGUUUCUUGAAGAGGUCGUUCGCUCCCCACUGAAGCCAGCGAGGUCUCUGUCCCCUCCACUGAUUGAGGUUCUUCAGGUCACUGAGGAGCAGAUUCAGAUCCAUGCGAAGUUGCAAGAAUGUAGUGAUCCUGAUGGACUUCAAGGAAAGGAAAAAGGAGUCAAAGAAGAAUGUCCUCUAAGUGAAAAAGAAAACACUGAACAUUCUACCACCUCUACAGCUGACUCGAAUUCAUCUGUAGCGGUUGAAGGACUAAAAAUAAACACUUGUGGAGCUGUGGGCCUCCAACAGGGCUGUCCUGAUGUUCCUCAUGUGCUGUCUGGAAAACGUCUGCAAUCAGAGGCAAAAAUGGAUCCUGAGUUUAUAAGAGAAAGUAGUACUGCCUACUCAGCUGAGGAGAAGGAAAAUAUAAAAGAGCCAGUAAUAACUAAGGAGAAAAAAAUAGGUGGAGAUCACCUAUCUUCAUUACCGAACAAAACUGCAGUUCAAAACACACAUGACUUUGACACUAUAAAAGAAACCAAUAUGCAGGAUGGUAGUGUGCAGAUUAUUAAAGACCACACAACUCAUUGUGCAUUCGAUUUUCAGAAUUCUUUGCUAUAUGAUUUGGACUAAUGUAUAUAAUUUUGAAAUUUAAAUGUAAAAAUGUAAAAAAAAACUGGGACCUAAAAUAGCCUCUUUGUGUUUUUAACUAUAAAUUGAUGUAUAAACAAACAUUUACAGUUGAUUCUGUCCGGUGAGAAAGCUAGCAGACUACAGCAGAUACCUGUAAUCCCAGUGCCUAGCACUGGAUACCUGAUGGUCAGGUGAGGUCAGGCUCAGCUACAUAAUGAAUUAGGGGCCAGCCUAGGCUAUAUGACACCAUGUCUUUUUAAAAACAAAAAACCCCCUGGAGAUAAUUUUCUUGAACAGUUUCCUUAAUAAGAGAAAAUCUUUGUGAUUUUUCUAAUAGAAAUAUUUUUCUCAAAGUUUUUUUUUUUUUUAAAACAUUUGGAGUUAACAGACAAUGUGUCUCUGGGAUUAAACCCAGGUCAUCCGCCUUGGUGGGAAGGGUCUUUGCCCACUGAGCCAUCUCUCCGGCCCCUUAGUUUGUGAGAUAUAAGUUGGUUCUAUAUUCCCUAUGUAGCCUGGCCUACCCUCAAAGUUUUCCUGCCUCAGUUUCUGAGUGCUGAGACUAUGGCAUGCAUCAGCAUGCUGGACUUUAAAGAUGCUUAGUUGUUGGCUCAGCGGUUAAGAGCACUGACUGGUCUUCCAGAGGUCCUGAGUUCAAUUCCCAGCAACCACAUGGUGGCUCACAACCAUCUGUAAUGAGAUCUGAUGCCCUCUUCUGGUGUGUCUGAAGACAGCGACAGUGUACUCAUAUACAUAAAAUCUUUAAAAGAUAAUUAGUUGUACUACAAGUAUAUACUGGGUUUGUGGUCAAUUUUUAUAUUAAAGUUUCAAGAUAAAAA